AUGAUUUCGAUCUAUAAUCAAUUGAAAAUGUUGAAAACUUUUGCUCUCCUUCUGAUAACUUGUGCUGCGUUUGCUACAGCAUUAAAACAACAUCGUACUGUUGGCAUUAUUGAAAAUGGAAUGUUCAUCGAACAGACUGUUACUCAUUAUGACGAUCUCCACGUCAUCGAAGUACCUCAACAUGAUGAAAAUUUGAGCACUAAACUUAAAAAUCUGGCCUCAUGCCCAAUUUUUCAAACUGGCGAUAUGAUAUCAAUGAGUUUAACAAGAAUGUUGCCUUUAAUUUUACAGCAGCCGGGAAUUCUUCUUUCUCACAGACGAACUGUUUUGGAAAAUCCAACGAAUAUUGUACCGGUGCUUGCCGAAUGUGUUAAAAAACAAGCACCGGCUCAUUUUCGGAAUAUUCUCUACUCCGAUUGUAUACAACCAACGAUUCCAUCUACAACGGUGCCAACGACGUUACAUUCGAACGAAACAGUUGAUGAAAAUGUGACUACACAAAUGAUAGAAGGAUUCGUACUAGAUGGCGAAGAGUUUAAUACAUUAAUUAAUGAGACGAUUUCGUUUAAUCAAACCCCUUAUUCAUAUUUACAGGCUCAGCAAUAUCUAUCUAAGAUAAACACCUCUCAAUAUUCGGCUCGGAUGACGAAUACGAACAUAUUCGGAUGGGAAACUCGAUUCGAUCAAACUUACAAGAGAAUAUUCUACGUCGAUCAUCACACUUUACUCGUCACAUGGAUUUCACCGACAGCCUACCAUCUAGGUGAACGAAUUCAGUGGUAUGUUCAAACAACAGUAGAGCAUCGUGUUUCAUCGCCCAGCAAAUAUAGAACAAACUUGCCGACUAUGAUUGAUUUGGAAUCGGAUACUCCGAGUGCAGAAGCUCUAUUUAAAUAUGAUAUUACAGAAUGGGAAGGUUUGCAUCAGAUGCAAGCGCUAGAUAAUUCCAUGGAUAGUCUUACGCUGAAUGGUGCAUGGUAUAUGUGUUCCGACCAACAAAAUCGAGCAUACUUUAUCAAUUCAGAAAGCAAGAUCCUACAGUUGAAUAGUCAGUUGGUGAAGGACGUUCAAUCGUUGAGAAUCUUGCUAGCAGUUAAUACAACUACAGGACAAUUGAACCUUGAAAUUCAAUCUGACCAUUUCUUUCAAAGUUCUUACGAUCUAAUAAUGAAGAUGGAACCCUUUGAACUACGCAGAAAAAUGUUUACAGUAAUCUUACCAACUAACGGUAUCUCGCUACACUUCAAAACAUGUCGAAUGAAUGUACCUGUAUUUCUCUUCGUAGAGGAAAUGACUCAAAAGGAGAAGAAUGACUUUUGGUUUGUUCAACUUCAUGAAAAAAUGCUCGAAAUGAAAUUACUAUCAAAGCACGAAGCAUAUUACGAUCUCAUCGGCUCAGAAGUUCCAGAUGUUUACUUUCGAUUUCUCGGCCGUCUUAUGGCAAUGUCAAUCUACUACAGCGUAAGAUUUCCGUUAAAGUUUCCGAUAUUCUACUACAGAAUACUAUUCAACAAAGAGUUGACAUUGAAUCUGUUAGAACUGAAAUAUUUCGAUAUUGACAAUUUCAACAAAGCAAAACAGAAGACUGAUAAACCAGUUGCAGAAAUUCUACAAAGAUAUUUUGCAAAACCAAUCAAGCUCCAAAUGAUGCAAAUACGACAAGGACUCAACGAGGUGAUACCAAUUGAAUGGAUGGAACAUCUGAACACUGAAGAUAUUGAAAAAAUGAUUAGUGGUUUCUGUACCGUACAUGAAAUGGAAAGAGCUCGUCAACAGGAAGAAACUUCAUUAGUGCAGAUGGCCACUGUUGAUACUAAAUCCAUCGAUACAAAUAUUCAAUCCAACGAAGAUAAUAAGUCUUCAACGGUUGACGUAGUAGUGAAAACCAGAUGUUGUACAAUUCUAUAA